GACCAACAACAGCCGAUUAAUCCGGUCCCAUAUUCUAAUCAAUUCGCUUUUCUCAGAUUUUAACACAGUGCGCCAUUUGUUUUUCAACCAGCAUCAAGUAUCAAUCGUAGAAAUCGAUUUAAAUCUCUGAUAAUUAUGUGUGAUGAGUGGAAAGUGAUUCCUUCUCAACUUGCAACUAAAAGCGCAAGUCCUAUUCAAGAAUAUUUGGGCAAAAUAAAAGCAAUUCAAAGUACACAGAAUGCACAAAAUGGCACUCCAAAUAUCGAUUUAUCAAGUGCUCAUUUAUGUAAUACUUCUGAAGAAAUUAAGGAUUGUCUUGUUGAAACAUUAAAAGAAGGGCAGCAUAAUGGCUACGCACCGUCGGUCGGUUAUGAAGCAACGCGACAAGCCGUUCUGACAUAUUUAAACCUCCCCAAUCUGACACCGAAGGACGUAGUUCUUUCAAGCGGAUCUGCAUCUUGUUUAGACAUUGCAAUUACAGCCCUUGCCGAUCGAGGACAAAGUAUUCUUAUUCCUAAAGUGCACAAUCCUCUAUACAAAGUCCUUGCGCAUGGUAUCGGCAUAGAGACAAUUGAAUACAGUUUGACUUCCAACUGGGACAUAGACCUUAUCGACUUAGGACGAAAGAUAUCAAGCAAUACUGCAGCAUUGUUAAUAAAUAGCCCGCACAAUCCUACUGGGGGCAUCUAUUGUGAGAAUCACAUGAGAGAUAUUUUGGAUCUAGCGCACAGACACAGACUGCCAGUGAUUGUCGAUGAAUCUUAUCGCGACUGUGUCUUUCCAGGUACUGAAUUUAUCUCUGCUAUUGAUGUAAACAACGGAAUGACUUCAAAAGUGCCAAUGUUGGUAUGCGGUGGAAUAGGUAAAAGUUUUAUGGUACCUGGAUGGCGAGUAGGAUGGAUUUUAAUCCAUGAUACAAUUAAUGCAUUCGAAGAUGUGCGCAAAGCCGUUGUUAGUCUUAGCCAACGAAUUAUUGGAUGUAAUACUUUCAUUCAAGGUGCCAUUUGCAAUAUUGUUAAUAUUAACAUGGAAUUUCGAUCACAUUACAUGCAAGAUGUUCAGAAUAAUGCCAAAUACUUGUUUGAAACUUUAAAUAAUCAAUAUGGCAUCACAAUUACACCCGGGAAAAGUAUUUAUACUUUUAUAAAUAUUAAUCGGGAAUUUUAUCGAGAUAUUCAAAGUACACAAGAAUUCUGUUUGAAACUUUAUGAAGAACAAGGAAUUACUAUACUCCCGGGUGAAGUUUUUGGAAUGGAAGGAUUCUGCAGAAUUGCAUUGGAUGCCAAAAAGGAAAUAUUUGAAAUUGCUACCAAACGAAUUCUGCUAUUUUGUCACGAACAUUAUAUUCUUUAGAAUAAUAUUUCUGAAUAUUUGUAUAAAAAAGUUCACAAACCCUGAGACAGCAUUUGUCUUUGGUCCACGAGCAAACCUUAAGAUUAUCUUAAGAAAUUUUCAUGAUUAUAGCAAACACAAGUAUGCUAUUUGUGGCGAAAUUAACUGUAUCUUGUAUCACUUCAAUUGACAUUCAGCACCAUGCACAACAUAAAAUAUACAGUAUUUCUUAUAAUAUCAAAAGAAACUUUAACUUAAAAGCAACAUAAAUGCAUUAUCUGGCAUUCGGUGUAAACUUAUCCAAAUAGAUAACAUGACAAAGUAAUAUAUACUUCUUAAUCAUAUCUUACUAAUAUUAACAUAACUUGUAAACCUCUUAUUGGCUAUUAGUGCAAUCAAAACGUUCACAAAACAUAAAAAUACUUGAAAAAAAUAUAGACACUAGACAUAAUAAACAAACUUAAUAUUUGUAAACCAUUUGUUUUCCCAUAAAUAACGAGAGAUGCGUUAACAGAAUAUAAGCCUACCUCCUACCGAUUUAUUCAAGAUGACCAUCUUCAGGCAUGCAGACAAACAGUUUCGCGCAACCAUCAUUAAAACUGUUAAAAGCCUUACGCAACCAUAGGGGUUUAUUCGUCCACGCGAUCGUCAAGUAGUAAACGGGAAUACCACACAGUACAAAUAUCAAACCAAUUGUUACUUCUGUAGGGUUCUCAAAGAAUGGACACGUUACCAACAGCGUACAUAUUAUAAAGAACGCAAUUGGCAACGCAAGAUUUACUUUAAUCGGACGUUGAAGAUCAGGUUGGGUGUACCGAAGAUACACCAGUCCGGCAACACUGAGCAUGAUAAAGAGAGCUUCGACGAAUGAGACACAGUUGAUAAGAACGUAUACGUCUUCAAUCACAGUGAGGAACAACGUUAUAAGACAC